AUGGCCGACGCAAGCAACGGCGCACAUGUCGGUAACGGCGUCGCAGACGAACUGCCCGUCGGAAUCAAAUGCAUCGUCUUCGAGAAGAAUGCUCCGGCUGUCGGCGAGCGCGAUUGGAGCAUGGGCUUGCAUUGGGGCGCACCGGUGCUCAAGAGCCUCAUGCCAGAUGAGUGGUGGCCGCGGAUCCAGAGCGUACACGCCGACCCUUCUGAGCCACUGAAAGAUCCGGACACCCUGAAGUUCGUUCAGGGGGACAAUGGCAACACCAUUGCGGCCUUUCCCAUCAGUAAUUUCUAUCGCUUGCGCAGGAGUAAGCUGAGGCAGCUUCUUUCUCAAGAGCUUGAUGUCCGCUACGAGAAACGCCUGGCCAAUGUCACAUUCGCCGAAGACGGAAAAUCCGUCACAGCACACUUCACCGACGGGACGAGCGCCACCGGCAGUUUCCUAGUCGGUGCCGAUGGUUCUCGCUCGACAAUUCGUCAGUGUCUCCUCGGUCCUGAACUGGGUGAAAUCAAGAAGAUCCCCUAUUGUGCCACCUUUAUCGAAUGCAGAUACCCCAAAGAGCAGGCUCUCUUCUUGCGAAGCUUCCAUUCUUUGUACCUUGCUACUGCACAUCCCGACAAUUUCAUGGGUUUCUUUUCGACGCAGUUUGUCGAAGACCCCGAAGAUCCCACCACCUGGACAUUCAAAUUCUACAUCUCCUGGCAGAGCAGUCUAGAAGAGCAGAGAGCCACUGCUAGUUGGACUGAUACUCAGCGCUUGGCGCAGGCGAAGGAGUUUGCAAAGAAGUUCUGUGACCCCUGGAAGAGUGCGUAUGAGUGGGUGCCCGACAACGCCGGGGUGUGGUAUAUGGGCAUGACGGAGUGGGACCCUGGCCACGAAGGCCAUCGAUGGGACAACCACGACGGCUUAAUCACCAUAGUUGGCGACGCCGCCCACCCAAUGACCUACCAACGUGGCCAAGGCCUCAAUCACUCACUCACAGACGCGGGGAAUCUCCGCGAUACACUUGUCAAGAUUCGAAAUGGCGCAGAUAGAAAGCAAGAAAUCACCGACUUCGAAGAGGAGAUGAUCACACGCGCUGGAGAUGAAGUUCGCAGCUGUACCCUGAAUACCGCUCUCCUGCAUGAUUGGGAGAAGGUCAAAAACAGCCCCUUUUACAACAAGGGCAUGGCGAAGAACCACUAG